GUGUGUGUGUCGUACAGUAAUACCAUCUACAAAAGUAGAGGGAAAGUUUAUAAUUCAGUUUGGUGAGCAAUUGGACACCCUGGAUUUGUCCCUGUAUUGCCCUGGAGGCAAGUUAGCGGCAAUUCGAGGUCUAGACAAGUCUAGGAUGCGUUCCACUAAAAUUAAAUGUGAUGAUUUGAUAGUAAUUUAUCACAAAGAAAUAAAGUCAAUAAAGUAGGGGUCCAAGAAGGAAUUUGUCUAACGUUAUCGAGCAAGUGUUAAUAAUAAGUUUGAGACUGAUUCUUUGAUCCGUGGGAUUGUUACACGAAGGUUAUAAACAUCUGGUUGCUGGAAUCCAAACGCUAUGAAGACUCUCUUCGAUCAGGCAAGGAUUGUUGUCCAGAGACGGGAAACAUAUGGAGGUUUCAACAUGUGCAUGUCUAAGUACAUUGAUACAAGCAAAUGUACUCUGGUAUUAAGCGUGCCUCUUGUCUGGAUCAGCCUUUGACUCGGCCUCACAAACUGAAGAUUCAAUUAAACUCCUGGAGUACAGGACGUAUGCAAAUUAAAUUUUCUUUAGAUAUUGCCAAACAGGGUACAUAAUUUCAAGACUAACCAUAGUCAUAGAGGAUGUUUGAGAGUUAGUUCAAUUAGAAAAGAUUAAUAGUUGAUGCAUAUAUUGAAUAAUAUGCAAAUAUAUAUUUAUAGUGAAUUUAGAUAAUUCAAAAUCUUCAAGCGAUCAAUUAUAAUGUGACAUAAUUGUUAGUCAAGUGCCAGUGCAAGUAUCAUGCAGUUGAAAAUAAUCAUGUACAAUAAUGAAUGACACAUGUAAUAAGAUGAGUAAUUAGAUUAGUAGAAUAAGUAGAAAAGAGAACAAUGUCAGUUCCUUCUUGCUCAACAAGUAAAGGAUUAAACAAUGAAACUACUAAAGAAGAAGUAGUCUAUGGAAAAUGGGAACGUUUUACUAAUUGGGUGCAUUGUAUAUGCAUCGUUACUUUCGAUCUUGAAUUGGGUCAAGCUAUAGAGGCGAUUUAUCCAAGUCAUGUUAAAUUAUCGGAACAAGAGAGAUCCAAUGUUUGUUACUUAGCCUUUCCCGAUUCCAAUUCUGGAUGUAUGGGAGAUACCCAGUAUCAUGUAAGAAUAAGACAAAGUAGUAAAACGAUGCAAGAAACUAAUGCUCUCAAGGAAUAUGACAGGAAAUCACCUUCUUUUCUACAAACUGAUAGAGAUUAUUACUGGGGAUACGUAUAUUUCCGACAAGUAAAGGAUAAAUCGUUGCCCAGAGGAUAUUUUCAAAAGAGUGUUGUUAUAAUUACAAAACUGCCAUUUGUUAAUUUGUUCGGUGAAUUAUGUGCUUUAAUUGCGCCGGAAUUUUUCGAGACUGGAAUAGCGCUUAUGGAAGCUGUGGUGCGCGAGAUUGAUCACUGGCCUCCUCCAGUUCCAGGCCAAAUAGUUCAUUUGCCUCUUAUCGGAGUAUUAUUCCAGACAUAUAUCCCAAAUCAAAAUUACAAAGCUGCUGUUCCAACGAUUGCUGCCAUGGAGCACACAUCUAACGUGCACGCAACACGAAGACUGAUACUGACAUCAGCUUACGAGGGCGAUAUGUUUCGAAGUUUAGCCAGUGUUGUUAGUUACGUGCAUUUAUUAUGGGAAUUAGUACUUCUUAGUGAACCAAUCGUUGUGAUGGCAAGCUCACCGACUACAUGUUCCGAGAUGGUUCAAGCGCUUAUAGCCAUGAUCGCGCCGUUGAAGUAUUGUGCAGAUCAUCGACCGUAUUUUACUAUUCACGAUUCGGAAUUCAAAGAGUACACCACUGAUUCUCCGACGCCACCUGCUGUGAUCCUGGGCGUGACAAAUCCAUUCUUCGCAAAGACGCUGCAACACUGGCCGCAUAUCAUCCGGAUAAGUAACGGCAACAAUAGCGAAGAUCAGAAAUAUAAAAUCAAGAGAUCUGAAAAUCUGAAGGUGCUAGACUCGAAGCCUGGCGUUUACACUCAGUACAAAUCUUUCCUGCAGAAAGACAAAACUAUACUGAAGAAAUUAUUCAGGGGUAUUCAAACAAAACGGCCGGGCGAAGUGCAGACCGCGCUUUUGAAACGUCAUCUUAUAGAACUCACGGAGAGCUUUAUGAUUCCGCUUGAGAGAUACAUCGCGACCCUUAUGCCACUACAAAAGAACAUAUCACCUUUUAAGGCAACUCCUACACCACAAAUGUUCAAUCCAGAUGACUUCCUAGCUAGUUUAAGCAGCUCCGGUCCUCAAUUAACUACAGGUAUAAAAGGCGAUUGGGUAGGACUCUAUAAACGAUUCUUUCGAUCACCGAACUUUUCCGGAUGGUUUCACACAAGAUAUAUGGAGUUGAGUCAGCAGUUGCAAGUUAAACAGUUAGAGAAAUUAUCGCAGGCGGAUUUAAAAACGUGGGUACAAGGGAAGCAAGAGGUGGAAGUAGUCGAUAUGAUUCUUAGAAUUCGCCAGAAGUUGGAGAAAAGCUGCAUUGAUGACGUACCAAUCGAUAAUUCGGUAAGAGAGAAACUGCGAGAGAGAAUAAAUGACAUUACGCACGUAUUGCCGGAUGAUUUAAAGGUGAUUUUAAGACAUGAAUCUUGA